AGUGUGGUUUUAGUUUACGAGUUUAAAAUUUCGUUUUUAGUCUCAUUUAUUUUACUCACAGUUUGCGACACCAACAAUUUAUUAAGUGAUUAAAACACUGAAAUUAAAUUAAUUUAGUGAAAUUUUAAACAAGAUUCAAGUUUGUUCAUUUGUGGUUUCAAAUAAAAUAAUUAACGCGAUUGAAAGAAUUAAAGGUGGUUCCCAUAAUCUUCAGGGUCAAGAUUGUUUCUCUGAAAAGUCAACGAUUUCAUCAAACUACAGCAGCCCAGCUUCGACACCUUCAACCCUAACAGACACGCAAGUGUGUGUUGAAUCAUUCAAUCGACAGGAUCCACAAUGCCGGAUACCUCAAAAUCAAGAAAACGAAGAAGAAAUAAUGGUAAUAAGAAAAAAUGUAUCGAUAAAACCGUCAAUGAAACAUCGAAAGAAGAAAAUUAUAGAGUUGAAUCUCCAAAAACCAUUCAAAACGUUAAGAAAAAAGGACAAGUUGUUAAAAGUAAAAGUUUAGACGAUGACGAAUCAUUAAAAAUACAAGAAAUUUCAACGGAAUCGUUCAAAGAAACCAAUGAAACAACAAAUGAUAAAUCAAAUAACGUUAUAAUCGACGAUUUAGAAGAUUCAACCAUCCAUACUUUAACUACUGAAACUUUAAAAACAAAUUCGACUGAAACUAAAUUUAUUUCGCCCGAAGAUGAAUCAAAACUUCGCUGUUUCCUGGAAGGAUUAAAUUUACCAUCGACUCCAGAAGAAGCUCAAAUUGUUAAAGAAAAAGAAUCGUCGGAAUCAAUAAGAGCCAAACGAUCAAAAACUCGCACGGAAUUAGCUCAAUAUUUCCUCCCAGUUUACCAAAACCCACGAUUUUUAGACGUUAUUAGCGAAGAAAACAGUGACCACAGCGAUAGAGAAACCAAAGAUGCGAAAGAAUCAAAAAAACCGAGACUACAAAAAUACAUCCCAACACAAAAUCUCGAUCACAAAAAGGUUGAAACCGUUUUGCUUGAACGUGAAGAAGUUGAACUCCCAAUAAUUUCCGAUACUUGCACAAUAUCUGUUACUGAAAAAAGUUUGGGGGGUGUUGAAGUUGUGUUUUUAGAUGAUUUCGAAGAUAGCCAAAGUGAAGAUGAGUUAGAAAUUCCAUCGUGCCAAUUAACCCCACCGCCAACACCGGAUUGUGACUCCCCAGAACCAAUCCAACCGAUUGAGAAAACGUGUUGUUUAACGCCAAAACCAUCCAGAAGCCCAUCUUAUGACCGUGAAGAUAGCAGUAGUAGAGGAACGUCUUUAUGCACAACAAUUUGUUCAAAUUUACCAAAAACUCUUCGGGAAUUAUGUUUGGACAAGUUAGUUUCUUUGCCUUUUGGUGAAGAUGUUCUUGAAGAGCUCGCCCAUGUUUCUAUGUCUUUGCAAGAAUUAACAAAUAAAAAACCAAACGAAAAAAACAUAAUUAAUAAGAAAUCUAAUUUUGGAAUUGCAGAGAAAAAGGCGAUGCCCGAAGAAAAACUUGAAGAUAAGGAUACUGAAAGAUGUUAUUACAGCGAUACAGAAACCCUAAAAACCCUAAAAUCAAACGGAGAAAGUCGUCUUUUAGCCUUAAUCAAUAACAUAACCCCCAUCAAACCAGCCGAAAAUCCUCGUUUACAAGCAACAAAUUUAAACGAAUGGUUGUCUUUAGCGCAAAAAUCACCAUUAAAUACUCAAAACAACCAAGAUUUUCGAAGAAGGCGAUCACUUCCAAACGAAAUUUACAUCCAACAAAUGCAAAAUAUUAUUCAAAAAGAAAAAGAAAUCCAACAAGAACUCGAAAAGUUAGAGGAGGAAAAACGAAAGCUACAAAACGAAAUGGAAACACCAAAAUAUUCGUUUAAAUUUGACCCAUCCAAAUAUCAUAUCUCUAAAAAUGAGGAUAUCGCGAUUUUGAACGAAGAAUUAAAACGGCCGAAACUAAAAUUAACGCAACCGUCAACGGAAAACUUUCGGAAUCAAAUGUACAACGAAUAUUUACAGCAAAUUGCGGAAAGAAAAGAACGAAAACAUCAAAAAGUUAUCAAAAUUAGUUCGCAUCAUGAUUUGCCUGAGGAAGAAAUACAUCAACCCGCUGGAAUUAAAGAUGAAUUUAUGUCGAAAUUAAAACAGAAACGUUAUUGUUAUCAAGGUGACGAUGUUAAUGAUAAUUAUGACGACGAUAAUAAUGAAAAUUUUGAUGAAAAUCAUAAUGAAGAUAAAUCGAUAACUGUUAUUGAUGGUAAAAAAGUUGGCGAUUCUAAAUAUUUACCAAAACAUCUCAAGGAAUUCGUUGAUAUUACCAGAGAGGCUUCGGAAAAUCUAGAAAAUCUUGAAAAAUUCGAAGAUGGACGUGGAAUUUGGACUCCUGGCCAAAGGGAUUCUUUUAGCGCCGAAGACUUACAAAGGCAAUCUUCUUUAGAUCAAGAUAGGAAUGAAGAACCGAUAGCACCAGUUUGGACGCCGAAAAGUGCCGGAUCUAGUCCACAAUUGGAACGAAAAGAAUUUAGACCUAUCACGUUUAAUUCUCCGGUUUUAAGUAGAAAAAAUCAACCGAUUUCUCCUAUUCAAACGUCAUCUCAAAUUGAACCCCCCUGGAAAAACAAUAUUAAUCAAACUUUAUCGUCUUCCUUACAAAAACGAAUUCCGAACAGUCAUUCAGCCCCUUCGAGUGGAUUUGGCGAAUUUACUCAAACUCCUCGACUUCCAAGAGCGCAAAACCCAACUAUUAUUUUACUUCAAAAAGCUAGAGAAGGACAACUACCAAAAGGUGCUUCUUACAUCGAAGAACCUCCACCUCCCCCAAGAAAACAUGAAUCUCCACCAAAAAUAAAUCCAGGAGAAAUUGUUUACGAAAUUAAAAACGAAUACACGAGUGAAUCAGAAAGUGAACGACCAAAACGAAUCGCUGAUUUAGGACCAAGGAAAUUUCCGGGAAUUGGUCCAACCACAAAAGACGGGAUGCCUUUAACAUUAAGAUCUGAAGUUCGUGACCAAAACCAAUCAAGGUGGUACAAGAAAAUGUACGAUACGAUUCAUAAACAAAAACCUAGAUAUGACGACGAUUAUGUUACAAUCCGGUAUAAACAUCGUAGAGGGCGAUAUCCAUACACAUCCGGUUACGUUUCCGAACCGGAACCAGGCGCCUACGACAGCGAUUCUGGAUUUUAUCACCCGAACACAUCAACUUUGGAUAGAAGAAGGCAAGAUCACCCAGACGAUACUUUUAUCGCUACUUAUACUAUGCCAAGAACUAUGGGACAUAGUUAUUCACUACAAUCCGAUGUUAUUAAACACGGUAAAGAUGUUUACAAAAAUCAACCAGGAAGGAUUGAAAAUUACAUCCCAGGACAUUCUUCGAUAUCCGAGAAAGAAGCGAAAGAAUGGUGGGAUGAAGUGAUGGACAUAUUUGAUGGGUGGUUGGAUGAUCAUACUACGUUCAAAAGCUGCAACUAUUCGCUGGUUAGAGCUAUUAAUAAAAAUCAUUUAGAGCAGCAAAAACAUAUUCCUAGUAAGGGAUAUAUGAGUCAGGCUUUGAAGGAAAGUGGUUAUGAGAGUGAUUCAACUUUGGUUUUUCGAAGACGCGAAGAUGCGCUGAAUCAAUUAAGUCCUUCCCAGCAAAGAGAAGCUUAUAGGACUAUUCAAAAAGGCGGGGAUGUUCCUUUACAUGGUUUGAGAAAAGCUGCGCCCGAAAGGCCGAAGGAAAUAGAAUACGUUCCGAUUUCACCCACGUUGACAAAAAUUCGCAUCCAUAAAAGUAGCAACGAAAAUUUAUUUAAAACAUACAAAAGAAGUGCUCCAAGUUGUAUAAGCAAUCUACCUCCAAUUCCCCCUUCACCCCCGAAGCGGAAAUCAUCAAGAAAUAACUCAACUUUAAGGUUGAUAUCGACGUUGCGGGUUGAUAAACCGAAAGAAAGUGGGAAAAGGCACGAAACUUGCUUCAUAAGCAACACUAAUUUAAAUAAAAACAACAAUGUUAAAUAUUUAAGAGAUAAAAUAACUUGUAAGUUGACACCGUCGUUGAAAAAGAAAGGUGAGACGAAAAUUAAAGUUACUAAAACAAUUUGUACCUCACCAAACGUUGAGACGAAACACUCAACUUUAAAAUCUAAAAUUAAAUCGAAUUUAAACGAACAAAAAGUAAAAAAGAACAAAAAUUUAUUAAAAUCAAAAAGUUUAUCUUCUUUAGAUAAACGCCUUUCAAAAUCUCCUGAAUUAUUAUCGCCGAAUGAGGUGAAAAAAGCGGAUGCUAUUCAAAAACAAAGAAUUAAAAAGAAUGACCUUCCCAUAAAAGUCACAAUUUCUGAGAAAGGAAAAGAGAUUUUAAAAACAAGAAAAAGCUGCGUUUCGCCAACACCGUCAAAGAAAUCAUCGAGUUCUAUGGAGUCAUUGAAAUCAACGAAGAAAGUUCCUGUUAAAAAUGUAAAAUUGAAAAAAACCACAGUAACAACGCCACAAAAACUAAAAAAAUCUAAAAAAGACGAACUAAACGGAGAAAUAAGUAAACAGGUUAAUAAAAAAUCGCAAAUAACUUUAGAAGAUAUAAAAAAUCAAAAAAAAUGUGUUGAAACAAACUCAUUUUUUCAAAAUUUAUUUUUAAAAAACCAACCGAUACAAAAAUCGGAAACUUUCACCAACACCUCAUCGUGGAUUGUUGAAAAAACGAAAGCUUUACAAAGACGAAGAUCAAAUGUAUCAGAACCGAGUAUUGGGGCGUUAAAAAUUUACUUAAAUAAUCGUAAACCCGUUUCGGAUUCGAAAUUUAAACAAAUCGAUUCGAUUCGGUCGAGAUCAACGAGCCCCAAAUCGGUUAGAUUCGAAAAUUUCGAGUCAAACAAGUCUUUUUAUAAAGAAAGAAGCGUUAGUUUACCCCCGAAAAUUUUUGUUCCAAAAUUAAACCCGCCCGAAACAAUUUAUUUCUCGCAAACGAAGACAUCGCCGUACAGUUCUAAUCAGUCGUUAAAAUCAGAAAUUAGAAAAAGUUAUAAAACAAUCCAUCAAAAAAAAUUACCAAGAUCUCGAAGCGCCGAUGAUAAAAGUUACGAUUUAAAUCAGAAUUUAACAUCAUCGAUUGAAUCAAUUUGUAGCAAAAGGGAGUACCAAGAUUACGUAAAAGAUUUGAUACAGUCAAAAAGGAAAUCCGAACGAUUUAAAGAGUUAAAUAAAUUUUAUUCGACAAUAGAACGUUUGGGCGAGCUUGAAAAAACGACUUUAUCAUCAUCCGAUUUAAGACCAAGGAGGAAAUUCGAAGACGAAAUAAUCGAUUAUGAUCGCUGGAAAGAAGUUAGGUUAAGAGAAAAAACUGAAAGAGAAAUAAAUAACAUUUAUAAAGAAUUAAAAGACGUCCAAAAAGAACGCGAUUUAUUAUUUUUACCCAAAGACGUAAAUAAGUGGAAGAAUUAUUACGACAGUGGGUUAAGAAUUAAAGAAAAGUCCGUUGAUAACAUCAAAGAAAAUUUUGAGAAAUUAAAUUUUAAUGAAUCUAAUAAAAUUAAUAAAAUUAAUAAAAAUGAAAGUGAUUUAUUAACUCGAGGCGUUGGAAGUAGGAUAUGGAGUAGCUUAUCAAUGGAACAAGUUAACACGUUAAAGAAUCAAUUAAAAGAAAUUUAUCAAAAUGGGCAACCAACGAAAUCGAUAAAACCAGAAAAUUACGUCGAUGUCCCAAAAAAAAUUAACAUCAAUCCAAAUUUAACAGUCCGAAGAAAUUCCGAAUCAUCCCCAAAAAUCGAUAAAGACUCGAAAUCGUUAACAGAAAUCGAUAAAAAAAACCUUUCGAAAUCAUUAAGCAAAGAAAUUUUGAAUCGCCAAAAAAAUAAAUUAGUUUUAGCGAAAGAAACGUUUGGUGCAACAGUUUCGGCACCCCCCCCAUCUCCAAGAACUUGCUACUCAAUCGAAACGUCCGAAAAAGAUGAAGACGUUUUUAUCGUUGUACCCAAAAAAGCUUUAAUAAAAACCAACGCCAUCGACGAAAUCAUUAAAAAACCCUCAUCAAAUAGCGAAACUGAAAGCACCGAUGAUUCAACAAGAACCGUUUUAUGCCUCGACACGAAAGCUGUAAAAGAAAAAGUCGAAUAUUUCGAACACGUCCAUGAAAAAGACGAGUUCACCCCAACCAUUUAUAAACCAGCCGAAUCGUUUGAACCAAAAAAUUUAUCAAGAUCUUGUCAAGAUUUCAAAGAAUUAUUUGGAGAAUCCGAAUCGGCCAAAUCAAUGAAUAAAUCAAGAAACGUCUCUCCAAAUCCCGAAUUAUAUUAUUUAUCCCUAGCAAAAUCGGGGGAUGUUAAAAAAUUAAAAACCAAAUUCGAUUUAAUAAGAAGAUGCAACAGUGACUCAGAAGUACACAAAUCGUUUAAAGAAAUCAUCGUGCCCGGCCUAAAACUAGGCGAAGUUGACAAUUUAAGAAGAAAAUACGAAUAUCCCCACCUCGCGGGACGCGGAAGAAGUCGAAUUCGAAGAGGGGGAGUUAUUUCACCGAUUUUUUUAAAAGCCGAAGAUAGAUAUAUGCCCCAUAUCAACAUCAUCAGCAAGAUCGCAUCUCUUUACCCAAAAAAAAUAAAAGAUGAUCAAAAAAGCAUUGAAGAAUUGGCCGAGAUUUUAGGAAUUUCUGUUGGGGAAGUUGAAAAAGUGAAACAAAAAUUUAAUUCGCCCGAUCGAAUGUCGUUGUUAGGACAUAUGUUUACGUCUUCGCCGAAUUUAAACGAAUUGAAAGAUAUCGCGCCUUAUUUGACUGCUUCUUGGACGGCGCAUAAAUUUCCGAGAAAAGAAGAUAACGAUUUAUUACUUUCUAAUUUGGAUCAAAAACCGAAAUCGUCUGGAUCAUCAAUAUCACCAUCAAGGUACUGCAACAAAUCGUGGUGGAUGGAAUCACCAACCAAGUCCACCUCAGUCACAUUCUUUGAAGAACCAGAUGUCCCAAUCCCACCACCGAAGACAUCAAGAAGAAAAGUCGAAUACCAAGAAUCGCCAAGAAAGUACGUGGAAAACGAAGUGACGAUCCACUACAAAACGCCAGUAAGACAGGAAGUAAAAGAGUCAGUGAGCGAAGACGAGUUACAGAGAAGGCAAGCGGAACACAUGAAGAAGGUUUAUCAGGAAGAAAGACGAAGAAAAUACCUUCAGGUUAGCCAAUCACUCGAUGAUAUCGAUGUAAGUUGCAUAGAUUGAUUUGAAAGAAAUGCAAAAAGGAGUUUUUUGGCACUAAAAGGCACGGUUUGUUUAUUUUGAAUUUUCCUUACUAAAAUAAAUAAUCUAACAUUAUCAUAGAAAACCGUUAGGUUUCAAUAUUAAUUCUGCGUUCUUUUGUUACGUUGUAAAAGAGAUUCAAGCUCUAAUUAUCGUGUCGUUCGACCGGAACUGACUUGUAUUGUAAUUACGGUUUUAUUUGCGUUAAUUAAAAAUUUAAAUAAGGCUGCAAUUUUAAUUAAACGAAACCUAAUCUAUGCUACUCUACACUAAAAAUUAAACCACUUUUUAUCAACUAUGCGAAGUUAGCCCCCAAUUUUUUAGCCUCCAAUUAGAUAUGUAUAGUAUUUUGAUUAUAACAAGAGAACCAGUCCACCGAUUUCGAUAAACAAUGUCUCAUUCGAAAGCUUAAUCUUUGGCCAAUACAAAAGUGUUUGGCAGCGAAAAAUUAUUUGAUACAAAAAAAGUUUGAAUACUAGUAUUAUUUGGAGUGGUCCAAAUCGCGAAUUAUCCC